CUCCCUCUCGCCGCUUUCAUUCUCUAACAUCAUUUCCACGAACGAAACGCUCACACAUCGCCCCUGAUUCCCUAAACAUGGCUCUACCAAACCAGCAAACCGUAGAUUAUCCUAGCUUCAAGCUCGUCAUUGUCGGUGAUGGAGGCACAGGGAAGACAACCUUUGUCAAGAGACAUCUCACUGGAGAAUUUGAGAAGAAAUAUGAACCUACUAUUGGUGUGGAGGUUCAUCCUCUAGAUUUCUUCACAAACUGUGGCAAGAUCCGUUUCUACUGCUGGGAUACUGCUGGUCAAGAGAAGUUCGGUGGCCUUAGAGACGGUUACUACAUCCACGGUCAGUGUGCAGUAAUCAUGUUCGAUGUGACAGCGCGGCUCACAUACAAGAACGUGCCCACGUGGCACAGAGAUCUCUGCCGUGUGUGUGAGAACAUCCCGAUUGUUUUAUGCGGGAACAAAGUUGAUGUGAAGAACAGGCAAGUCAAGGCCAAGCAGGUGACGUUUCACAGGAAGAAGAAUCUUCAGUACUACGAGAUAUCUGCCAAGAGCAACUACAACUUCGAGAAGCCCUUCUUGUACCUCGCUAGGAAGCUUGCCGGCGACCCUAACCUUCACUUUGUCGAGUCUCCCGCUCUUGCUCCCCCUGAGGUUCACAUUGACGUUACCGAGCAGCAGAGGAACGAGGCUGAUCUCAUUGCAGCCGCAGCUCAGCCUCUCCCUGAUGAUGAUGAUGACGCUUUUGAGUAAAAAUACAAAGAUUCUAAAAAUAUGGAUGCAGUUUGCGUUUCAAUGAUUCUCUCUUUUCUUCUUAUGUUGUGUUGAUGUCACUACAUUAUAUAUGAAUGAUGAAUCGAGAGUCUUUUAGAACUAAA